AUGUCAGAGAACAAACAAGUUCACCCUUACCAGCUGCUGGACAUUGAUGAACGGGUCAAACGUGUUCUGCUCAACACGCCGCUCGCAGAUGGACACAACGAUCUUCCACAGCAGCCACGAUGCUGUUUCCAAGGCCAAAUCCACAACAACCCCAAAUUUGAUCUCGACAAAGGUUUCCAGCGUGGCAUGACGGACCUGCCUCGUCUCAAGAAAGGAGCCGUAGGACUGCAAUUCUGGUCAAUUUGUGUGCCUCAUCUACGUGGCUCCGAAGACUUUGCGUUGCCCACAUACAAUGACAUGUGUCGUGAUGCGAUUGAACAAAUUGAUCUAUCUAUCCGAAUGGUCAAGCAGUAUCCUAGAGACUUUGAGCUCGUUUUUGGACCAGAAAAUGUCAGGGAGAUAUACCAAAAGGGCAAGAUCGCUUGCUCGAUUGGACUGGAAGGUCUUCAUCAAGCUGGAAACUCCAUCAGCGUCAUUAGAGCUUACCAUCAGCUGGGUGUGAGAUAUUGCACCAUGACCCAUGUCGAGAACAAUGCUUUUGCCGACUCUUCGACGUCCAAGGUUGGGCCUGUCCACGGAGGACUAUCAAGUCUCGGCAAAGCGGCAGUCAAAGAGAUGAACCGGAUAGGCAUGAUGGUGGAUCUGUCUCACGUCUCGCCAGAAGCUGCAGAACAGGCCCUCAAGUGUACAGUUGCGCCAGUGAUGUUCUCCCACAGCAAUGCUCGCGGUGUCUUUGACUGUCCUCGUAAUGUGCCCGACUCUAUCCUUGACCUCGUACCUGCCAACAAGGGCAUCGUCAUGGUCACUUUUGUGCCCGAGCACCUCGCAGCCAGGAGGUCUAAAGCCACGAUGGACAUGCUUCUGGAUCAUCUCUUCUACAUUGCGAACCGCAUCGGGUGGGAGCACGUAGGUCUUGGGUCAGACUUUGAUGGUAUCGCAUCCGUCAUCCCUGGCCUUGAGGACUGCUCGACCUUCCCUCAUCUGCUGAAAGCCAUUCUGGAUCGUGGCGCGACUGAGCAACAACUCGCCCUGGUAGCCGGAGAGAACAUCCUUCGAGUAUGGACGGCGGUCGCGCAGGUUUCUCAGCACAUGCAGGAGGAAGGUGUGACUCCCGUAGAGGACGUAUGGGAAGGCAGAAAGUUUUGGCGGUAUGAUGGAUUUUACCAGAUGCCGGACCCAGAUCCAGAGGAUAGGCUUGGUCUUGAUUGGUAUGGGGUCAAGCCUCCGGAGGAGGGCUUGUAUCAUGAUAAGUGA